AAAACUCGCUGACUUAGUGACUUACCGACCUCAUGAUUAGUCACUUGACUAAUUUUGCGUAUUACACACUGCUGCGCAUUUUAGCACAAUCAAGUUAAUCAACCUCCAGAGAGUCCAAGCUUCUUCUCUAUAUCUCAAAAUUUUCUUCUUUUGUACGAUCUUCCUUCCAUGAUUCAUUGAUUCGAUUCUCAUAAUCGCUGGAAACCCUAUUCGCAGAUAUUCUCGUUACCCCAGACCCUAUCCAACCUCAUGGAUUUCUUCAAAUCUGUUUUCGCCGACGAACCAAAUCUGAAAGACCAGAGAUCCGAACUCGAAUCCUCCGCAAAAUCAACCCAGAAAGGAGAAGAAGAUGAAGACCCAGAACCCAAUUCUUCAUCAGAUCAACCCCAUUUAAGUGCUAGCCCUAAUUCGUCAGGUAACGAUGGCAGUGGAGGCGCCGGUGGCGGGUGGAGCUUUGGAGGCUUUUUGAAAACCCUGUCGGUCAAAUCCGAAUCAGUCCUGGAGACGUACAGCCGAGAUCUAAAGGAGUUUGGAUCAGGCCUGAAGACGGAGACGGUGGCGUUUCGGGAAGCCGCCAGCCGCGCGGUGAAGGAACUCCCGGCUUCGAUCGACGUGGCUCAGGGGUCACUGGAGACAGUGGGGCAUGCCAUUGAUGAAUUGGGGACCUCCGUCUGGAAAUCUACGGCUGAGAUCAUCUCCCACGGUAAGGACACCGAUUUUGAGUCUGAUUCUUCAGAAAAUAAUAAUCCGAAUUAUACUAAUCAGAGUGUAAAUUCGAAGCAAUAUAGUAGGUUUGAUGCGCGGGUGCGCGCAAUUCAAAGUGACUUGAGUACUUACUGUGAAGAACCUGAGGAUUUAUACGAUUAUAAUAAAUGGAAAAUAGGGUUUGUGUUGGAGGAGAAGGGUGAGGAAGUAGAGAAAUUAAUUGAAGAAAACGAGGCUAUGGAGAGUGUCUAUAAAAGGGUUGUUCCUAGCGAGGUGAAUCAUGAUAUCUUCUGGUGUAGGUACUUUUAUAAGGUUCAUAAGCUCAAGCAAGCUGAGAAUGUUAGGGCUAAUCUUGUGAAAAGGGCAAUUUCAAAGGAAGAUGAGGAGGAUUUGAGCUGGGAUGUUGACGAGGAUGACAAGGAGGAAACUGAUGUUGUGUUCUCAAAGGGAUUAUCGUUUGAAAUUAAGGAGGCUGGUAACACAGAUUCAGUGCAACAUAUGGGAGAGAAAGAACAUUCAGUGGAAAAGAGAACAUUGGGGAAUGAAGAUUCUUCCCAAGUUGUGGGUGAUGAGAAAGUAGAUUCAUUGGAAAACAGAGAGUUGGCAAGUAGAAAUUCUCCACAAAUUCUGGAGAGUUCGGGGGAUGAAUUGAAAGGCAGGAGUGCCGAUGAGAAGAGAGAGAAGGGGUCCAAUGAGGAUAACGGGGACAAGGGCAUGGUUUUGCAAUUGAGGAGUGAGGAUGUAUCUGAGGAGAAAGUGCAGUCUCAAGGGGAGAAAGUGCAAUCUCAAGGAGCUGCUGGAAUGAAUGAUGAGUCUAAUGAAAAGAGGAGUUUGGAAGGGAGGGACGAUCCUGGUGAAUCAGCUAAAGAUGAUGACUUGUCUAUUCGGUUGAAGCAAGCUUCAUUGCCCAAAGAAGAAGACCUUGAGUGGGAUGAGAUUGAGGAUCUCGGCAGUGAUGAUGAAAAGAAAACUACUCAUGAUUGGAGCCCAAAUAGGACUGAUCUCCGUAAGCGGCUAAGCGUUGCAGAAGAAGAGGAGGAUUUGAGUUGGGAUAUUGAAGAUUAAGACCUGAUGCAGCAUAAGUUCAAAGUUCAUAUUUGCUUUAAAUUCACUUAUUGCUGUUCUAUUGUUUCAUGUAAUUUGCUUCUACAAUUGUUAUUAGGUUGGGGAGGAUUAUUUUCACCCUUGGUGUGUGUAUAAUGCAAAUAGUAUUUAGUGACGCUGUACUCUAAUAGUAGCAGCUAAAGCAUUUGCAUCCAGAAUGAAACUCCAUUUCUUUCAUAUCUA